GCUGUCUUUUUUCGCCACCCGCAGCGUCUCUGUUCUGUCUGUUCUAUUUAGGGUUUAUAUAUUUGUUUUAUACCUGCACACAUUCACUCCACCAAUUCACCGCCGUCGCUAUCUCUCUCCGGCGAUCUACACCGCCCUUCAACCACCAAACCGUUCUUGCACAGGUUAGCCUUAGGAAAUGGCUUCUGUUGCUCAGAUCCAUUCGCCUCAUAUUGUGCCAAAAUGCCAUCGUGUUCAUCCGGUUCAUGCUCGGCAUACAUCUAGCCUCCGUUUAUUUAACUUUUCAGAUAAGAAGCAGCCUUUUUCACCUUUGAAAGCUAAGCCUGUUAGACCUAAUUUAGUAGACGGAUUUCGCCCGCUGCUGUGCAGUGGGGGUGGUAGUGGCGGUGGUUCUGGUGUUGGUCAUGGCAGUGGUGGAGGAGGAGGUAACAGUGGUAGCGGUAGUGGUGGAUCCGAUAGUUUAGGGUUGAUCGGGUUUUUGCUUAGUGGGUGGAGAGCAAGGGUUGCUGCUGAUCCACAGUUCCCGUUUAAGGUUUUGAUGGAGGAAGUGGUGGGUGUGGGUUCAGCCGUUCUUGGUGACAUGGCGACCCGCCCAAAUUUUGGGCUGAACGAGCUUGAUUUCGUUUUUUCAACGCUUGUUGUAGGAUCAAUCUUGAAUUUCACCCUUAUGUAUCUAUUAGCACCCACUAUGGCUUCUUCAUCAGCAGCAGGCCUCCCUUUUAUUUUCGCCAAUUGCCCUACAGGCCACAUGUUUGAGCCCGGUUCUUAUACCCUUGUGAACCGUUUGGGAACACUUGUUUACAAAGGAACAGUUUUUGCAGCAGUAGGUUUAGCAGCGGGAUUAGUGGGAACCGCGCUGUCGAAUGGAUUGAUCAAGAUGAGGAAGAAGAUGGAUCCUAACUUUGAGUCCCCAAACAAACCACCACCGACGCUUUUGAAUGCUAUGACCUGGGCAAUUCAUAUGGGUGUGAGCAGUAAUGUGAGGUACCAAGCGUUGAACGGGAUUGAAUACUUGCUGGCGAAGGGGCUGCCGCCUGUUUUGUUCAAAUCCUCUGUGAUUGGUUUGAGAAUGGCGAACAAUGUUCUUGGAGGGAUGACUUUCGUGAUGUUGGCGAGGAUAACGGGGUCACAAAGCUCCGGCGCGGAAAAGGUAGAUAGCCAUCUUGAGUAAGAAGAUCAGGAUCAACGUAUGCAAUGCAUCUUUUUUCAUAUCUGUCUAUGAAAUAAAAUAAAUUUAGGUUCAUGAAGCGGAAUGAUUUUUGACAGUCUUUGAGUUUGGGUAUCAAUCAGCUUAGUCUUUGGUAGUUUUGAAUGAUUGGCUUGCGUUAUGAUAUCUGUUAGUUGUGGAAUGUUUCAUUGUUUUGUAGAUUGUAAUGUCAUUUUCUUUACAAGUU